AUGGAAUCUGAGGAAGGCGGUGACGAUGUGAAUUAUAGUGGGAAUUUUGUCACCGAUACGUUUUUUCCUACAUUUGACGAUGCAGUUACAUGGGCUGAUGGUGUUUCCAUAAAAUUGGGAUUUAUAUUGGUGAAAUCGUCUUAUAACAAAACCAGAGAUGGUCGGCCGUAUCGGUAUUUGCGAUGUGAUCGGUCACGAAGGAGUAAGCCGAGAGAUUUGGAGAACGCGAUACGGAAGGACACCAAAACCAAAGCUAAUGGUUGUCCAUUCUACAUCAAGAUAUAUUAUGAUGUGAGCACCGAAAGUUGGAAGAUCAUUGCGAAAAAUGAUCACACCGGGACACAUAACCACCCAAUGAUUGUGUACCCAGAGGGUCACCGUAAAGUGAGCGGAUUGAGUCCGGGUGCAAAACAGGUUGUGCGGGACAUGACAAAGUCCAAGGUUGCUCCCCGUAACAUCAUGUCCACUAUUGCCGAGCAAUUUCCUGAUGAUCAUCCAAACAUCCGACACAUUUACAAUUGCCGAAAUGACUUCAGGAUGGAGAUGUCCGAAGGAAGAGGAGUUGUUCAGCAAUUUCUUCAUCUGGCGAGAGAGAGUAAAUACAUUUACUGGGUUACGAACGAUGAUCACAACGUUUUGCAACAUGCAUUUAUGGUGCACCCAAUCAUGGUCAACAUACUCCGCACAUACCCACAUGUCAUAGGUAUGGAUUCUACGUACAAGACCAAUCGAUAUAACAUGCCUUUCUUUGAGGUUGUAGGCGUGACACCGACAAACCAGAAUUUUCUAGUUGGAUAUGUUUUCAUGCGCGACGAGUGCACGGCUAGCUAUCGGUGGGUGUUGCAGAGAUUAAGGGAGUUGAUUGGGUUUGAUAUAGAGCCAUCUGUAUUUAUUUCAGACCGUGAUCUUGGGCUUUGUGCGGCUUUGAGAGAAGUCUUUCUAGGGAUGUCACAUUUACUCUGUCUAUGGCACAUCAACAGAGAUGUGGAGGCUAAGGUUAUACAUUUAAUAAUAAGCAUAAAUACUAACAGAACAUCUAAUCAACAUAAUUAA